AUGAGACAUAUCCAGUCCCAGGCUACUCCAGUCUCCUCCUUGUCCGAGGCCGAUGCGCUCCUCUCACAAUUUGAACCAGACCCUGCCAUCCGUCUCUUCCUUCUCACUAAUCUAACAAGGAAAUCGGGCAAGGACCAUUUGCACUUCCGCGUACCGCUGGAUAUACUCUCGUCCUCGUUGGAUGCUCUAGGGGAUUUCCCGUAUACUGACCCUCGGAAAAACCGGUUCGAGAAGCCAGCCUUGAUCGUCAGGGCAACAAGGAGCCAUUACCUGCCGGAUCACUCCAAGGAGCUUAUGCAAAAGUUCUUCCCGAACUUGAAAAUGGUAGACUUCGAUUGUGGGCAUUGGGUCAUCACUGAGAAGCCACAUGAAUUUAGACAGAGUAGGUUUUUGAUAUUUUCCAUGGUACCCCCAAGAGCUUGA